AUGGCUUCACAGAGCCUAUCUAGAAAACGACCGGCCCCUGGGACCUCACCUAUUCCAUACCAAGAUGCAUACGCUCCACCGCUGCCAGGAUUGGAAGAAUACGCCGGCCUGGAUCCACAUGUCUCCGAUGACCAAUUUCUCCAAUUCGGAUACCAAUCUCAAGCUGAUAAACCGUCAACGCCCUACAGUGAGGUCGCAACACCCCAAUCACAAAGUUACAGCAGUGAUAUAGCGCCGGGCUCCAAUCAGCUUGCUCGGAGGCCCGCCAAUCCUGUUGGUCCUCGAGACCAAGGCCACAGAGACUCGGGCGAUUUGCAGUGGGCGGAACAAGCGGAGAGUCAGCGGGUUGAAGGCGCAUGGGGGGACGAUCUUGAAGACCUAAAACGCAGAGCACAGGUUGCGAAGAGAGAAGCUCAAUCAAAAAGGAAGCAGAUACCGCCUUUUGUCCAGAAGCUUGCCAGCUUCCUGGAUGAUGAAAAAAACACCAACCUCAUUCGAUGGUCUGACGAUGGCAACUCUUUCAUUGUGGAGGACGAAGAUGAAUUCGCAAAGAAGCUCAUUCCGGAGCUGUUCAAACAUAAUAAUUAUACCUCCUUCGUGAGGCAACUGAACAUGUAUGGGUUUCACAAGAAGGUUGGGCUAUCAGACAAUUCGAUGAGGGCCAGUGAGAAGAAGGCCAAGAGUCCAAGCGAGUACUCCAAUCCAUAUUUCAGACGUGGCUAUCCUGAUCUCCUGUGGUUGAUUCAAAAGCCGAGAAACACUGGUCAAGGCGCAAAAGGAAAGCUGGUACCAAGAAGACCUGACCUUGACCAGAACGAGGAUGAGAUUGAAGAAAUCGUCGAAGAAAUCCAGCAGCAACACCCACAGCAACCACAGCCAUCGAAACCGAAACAACCAGGGCGGCUGGCAAUUGGACAAGGAGAUGCGACGCUCCCAUCAGAACAGCUUGUCAGUGUUCAUCGGGAGCUCCAAGCCAUUCGAACUCAGCAACAACAAAUUGCCGCCAUGCUACAUCGAUUGAAGCGUGAACACGAGCAACUCUACGGGCAGGCCGCCAACUUUCAAGACCAACACUCGCGUCACGAAAACUCCAUCAACGCCAUUCUCACCUUCCUUGCCACUGUUUACAAUCGAAGUCUACAGGGCCACGAGGGAGUGCAGGGUAUCGCCAAUCUUUUCACUGGUGUCAUACCUCAGGAAACUAACCAAAGUCAUGUUGUUGACGUUGGUGACUAUACAUUCGACCAACUUAAUGGCACAGAUGGCUCCAUUCAACGCCCUUUCAAGCGACAGCCUCUGUUGUUGAAAGCCGCACCUACCGAGGCAGGCCGCGCUACCACGGCAACUCCUUCGUCAGGUGGUACUCCGCAUGAGGGCCGACAGACGAGUCGAACGCCCCAAGCAGCCAGAAAUAGUGUACAUCAUCAUGGGAAUGCGAAGGGAUAUUUUGAUAUGCAAAACCAGCAGUCACAACCUCAAAGCGCGAAUCAAAGCGACAUUCUUUCUGUGAUCCAAAAUAGUAACGCGAAAAACUCAACGCCAGGGACUCCUGCACCAGACUUUUCGAAUGUCCUUAACUCGCUAGAAAAUGCUGGCGGCGCAUCACCUCUUACCAAUACGCAACGUGCAGACAUGCUCCGUCUUAUCAACAAUCAAGGAUCGGCUUCCAACGCUGGCGACAACGCUUUGACUUCACCCAAUCCCCCACCCAUGCCCAACAACUACGAUCGUCGACUUGCUGCCACGAAAUCCGAUCUUGACAAUCUCGCCAAAAUGCAAGCAGAUCAAGAUCGCUCAGUCCAAAAUCUGACGAACCUCCUGCAACCACUCAGUCCAACGGGCUCCAUCCCAGGCCUCGGCGACGGCGCAGACGUCCAGCCUCCUCCGCUAGACAUUGACGACUUCUUGAGCAGCAGCGCCAAUUACUUUCCAGACUUUCCACCCGACCCAAGCUUUGAAUUCACCAAUGCAGAUAUUAACACCAGUGCUACCAAUACCAAUGGCAUCAACUUCGCUGACCUCAACGACGGCGACGAUGAGCUCUUCGGUGAUGUCGGAAGCACCGGCAAUGGGACGAACCACGGUCUACCGCAGAACAGCAACAAUGGCUACAAUUAUCUGAACGUAGACGGCGCCGCUGAUGAUGGUGGCGGCGGCAGAGUCGAGUCAAUGGCCAGCAGUGAAGGAGCGAGUCCCACGAAUACAACAGCCACGACUGAUGGUGACGGACAGACACCGAGGUCGUGCGCAAAUGCUGCCGCAGAAUCUCAAGUCCAAAGAGGGAAUAGUCCGCCUAGGAAGAGGAAAAGGGUCGGUUGA